UCAGUCACACACAGUCGGACAGCCGCGCGCUCAGAAGAACUAGUUGUUGGUGUAGCGAGAGAGAGGGAGAGAGCGCGCGCAGCACUUCAUUACAUCCAGAGCACCAGCUGAGGGGUGGAAAUAUUCACCUGUGUGCUGCCAGGGACGAAUUCACAAGGAUUUUUUUUCAUUCAUUUUUAAGCAGACUUCGUCUUAAAGGCGCCGUAGAGGGACACAAACAAGAAUUCCAGUCGGACCCCUGGUCUUGUCCUGCAGCCACACAAGUUUUUCUCUUUGCCUUGAGUGAGUGAGGUUUGACACAGAAACUGACCCGCAUCUGAAGGCGUAGUUUUGGUUAUUUAUUUCGGAGAGACCCGCGUGCCUUGGUUUCAAUAAAGAGGACCGUAACCAACCAUGGCGAGACAUGACGCCCGAAACUGGCACGACUGCUCAAAAAUGAUCGGACUGCUCUGCUUGGUCGCGUCGAUACUUCUUCAACACGGAGCGUCGGGUCAGCGGGUGAAGGUGGAGCCAGAGGUGUCAUCAUAUCCUGGCCAGACAGUCAACCUGCGCUGUGCCUUCACUGAUGCCACUGGGAUUCAGCUUACAAUGGUCACAUGGAUCUACGAGCCGAAGGAAGGCGAUAGGAUUAACAUCGCUGUGCUUCACCCCAGCUUUCAACCCAACUACCCCGACUCACCCUUGAAGGGCAGAGUCAGCUUCACAGCCAGUCCCCCAGACCUGACCACUCCCUCCAUCCAGAUAAGAGAUGUUAGGAUGACCGAUGAGGGGAAGUACAUCUGCGAGUAUGCUACAUACCCCAGUGGUAACGAGCAAGGCAUCACAUACCUGGUCAUGCUGGCUAAGCCUCAGAACUCCGCUUCCAUUGUAACGGUGGAAGUGGGCACAAAGCCCGUCGUCGUGGCAAAGUGCGAGUCUGUGGAUGGCCGCCCUGCUGCUCAGAUCUCCUGGGUGACCACAGCCAAUGGCAACGCGACAACAGCAUCUAAGACAGGUGCUGACAACACCGUGACCGUGACCAGCGAAUACCGCAUGGUUCCCACAGCAGCAGACAACGGGAAAGACAUCAGCUGUGUGGUGACACACAGGACCCAGGUCAAACCAGAGAGCUUCCCGUUGAAGCUAGCAGUUCAGUAUGCCCCUCAGGUGACAAUAGUAGGUUAUGACAAUAAUUGGUACUUGGGUCGUACAAAUGUGAUUCUCACCUGCCAGGCUACCGGAAACCCUGUUCCACUCUCCGUCCAGUGGAAGACUAUGUCAGGAGAGAUGCCAGACACAGUGCUCAUCACAGGCAAGGAGCUAAAGGUCCUGAAGGUGGAUGACUCAGUCAACACCACUUUUGUCUGUGAGGUAAAGAACCGCAUUGGGAUCGGCAGGGACCAAGUCACAGUCCUGGUUAGAGAGCCCUCAGUGAACCCAUCCAAUGCCGGCGUGGUGGCGGGAGCUGUGAUUGGCUCCCUGCUGGCCCUCCUUUUGGUCGCUGCUCUCAUCGCCGUGCUUGUCACCCGUAGCCGCAGGCAACAGCAGGGUUACCGUGCCAAUGGCGGCAGUGACAUGAAGACACGCAUAUUUGGCGGUGGCAAGAAGGCCAGCAAGAACGGCACAGGUGGAGGCACAGGCAGCGGCGGCGUAGGGGGCGGUAACAACAAUGGCCCAAUCUACGUUUACAAUGAGAGCUCAUCCCACCAGGGCCUUGGAGAGAAAAACAACCACCACCAGCCGCUCACCAUGGGGGGCCGGCCUGAAGUUGUCGCCACUACACCCACUGCCCAAGAUAUCCUGCUAAGCAAUGAAUUAGAUGAUGCGGAAAGGAGGAAGUUUGAUGAGCUGGAGGAGGAGGAGCGGUAUGACCACUUCACUGGAGGGGCCCCCAUCCUUCAGCUUCGCCCACCGCAUGACCAGGAUGAUAUUAUUGGCGAUUACUUGGAUGAUGACAUGGAGUCCCAGCGGGAUGGCUCUGUCAUCUCCCGGACUGCUGUUUACGUAUAGAGGAGAUGGAGAGGAAAGGAGGAGGAGAAAAAGGAAGGAAUGGAGGAUUCCUCUCGAGGAUUUUGUGGCACCAGGGUCUUGUCCCUGUCUGAUAGAGAAGAGAAAAUAAUACCACUUUUAUUUUUGAAAAUUGAUUUUAAAUAUAGCCUAUUAUUAAUCACAGUGCAGCCCCAGAAUGGACUGAAUGAACAAGAGGGUUUAGUGGGAUAUUCUGAAAGGAGCGUUGCUGUUAUCUGGUCCCUAAGAACUGAAAAUCAAACAGAAAAGAAACAACCUGUCUCCCACUGCUUCUGCUCAUGCUAUCACUAUCACUGGGACCUUGACAAGGACUCUUGACAGACAGACUAAAAGACAAGAAACUGUGUAUGUGGGAGUAGGAUAAUGGAAUCAUGAUAGAGGUUUGGCUGUAGAGAAGGCAACUCACUUGCAUAUUCACUCUUGUCGUCACCAAAACAGUAGAAGGGGAAGAAGUUGUCAAGCAAUUUCAUGUCACCUGCUAUUCCCAGUCCUCCAGUGGGAAACCUUCUGUUUUGGUAAUGCGUUGUGCUAUGACACCUGGGUAGUUAGCAGCUAGUGAUGGGUUGGGGAGGAAAAGUGGGGGGUAUAGACAGUAACCAACAGGUGAUUUAGAGAAGAGAACUAUGUAUGUUCUUGUGUCUGCUGGCUUUCAUUUCUGCUCUCUCUGCCUUCCUCUCAAACUUACAAAAAAAACACCUCUCUGCAAACUAUCAGCAACCAUAGACACUCUUGAAUUUACAAAAUUUAAAAAGAACAUUAGGUCCUUUUGUGCUGCACAAAUACAAGAGCAGUUGAAUUUAACAAAGUAAGUUUGCAGAGAGUUUGAACUUAAGUUCUUAAAGUAUUCACAUGCAAACUUUUGUACUGUGCCUGGAGGUAAGAGACGGUAAACAAGAGAUGAGGGAAUGAGGUGUAGCCAAUCUGACAGGGUCAAGGGAUGGAGAGAGGGAUGCAGGAGGCGGGAGGACUAGAGAGGAGCACGUCUCUUCUUUUCUCUUCCUCCUCAUCCCCGUCUCUUCAGAGUGCUCCUGACAGGAGGAGCUUGAUUGGUAAUGAGCCGUGAAGUCGCUCGCUUAGCCGGGACCAACAGAUUGCCACCACUUAUCGUUUAUGACGUGGCAAUUCCUCCCCCUCCUACCUCUGUCUCUCCAUCACCCCUCCGUCUCUCCUUCUCUCUCUUCAUCCCUCACUCCCAGCGUUUAUGGGGAGUUUAUGAUUUAUCCGGGGCAGUGUUGAGGUCAGGGCCACAGAGAGCAGGGGAGUAUUUUACUGCUCCUGAUGUGUCAAACGCCCCACUUACUCUAUUCCAGUCCAGUCCAGCCCAGCCCGGCCUGCCCUGCCCUGCCAGGACUGACUAAUCCACUGGUGGCCACAUUCACUCCACCGCAUGGACGCUUCUCCUCCCAUACUUUAGUAAAUGGCCGGAUGUAACGGAACCCCACCAUAGCAUGGCCAUAUUAGGUUAGAUAGAUUUUCAAUAACAUCAUCUAAUAUUUCUUUCCAUUAGCGGAUGUUGUUAAAUGUAGUGGAUUGAUCGGGAGACAUAAAAGGUUGGCGAAGCUAUGGGAGUCAUAUUGACUAACAGGCAACAAGCAGUGAAACAGCCCUUUAUGAUGCAGCUUUAGCAGGGCUGAUUGUCUCCUGACUGUUAAUUUAUCCUUCUAACGAGCCACUGGAGGCCUGCUCAGGCAAAUAUUACUCGUGGCUACUGUGCACUGCUGUCUUCAAGUCUCAGUGUGUGUGUAUUUUCAUGCGUCACUGUAUCUAUGUAGCCACUGGAUGACUGUGAUGGACAAUCUUGGAGAGAAGCCCUAAUUUAGCUCCUCUAAUCAUGCUUUUCCUGGCCUUCUAAAGAACUCCCCUUUGACCCAACGGGAAUCUGGUGAGUGCGGCUCUCGAUGACUGUACUGACCUCUUGUAGGGCCCAGCGAAUAUCUGGGUUGCAGUUCGCUGCAGGUCAUGAGGUCAAAUGCAGGGUGACCCAUUGCCAAGGGCAAGGAUGACUGUCUUUGCCUGCAUUUCUUAUCAUAGCUGCUUUUAACCUUGAACUAUAGAUGUGAGAACACUCACAUACAGUACAAGCAUGUUUAUAGGGUAAGACCGUCCUUGUUUGCCAUAGUGAGGGCUUUUGACCUUCAGAGAGGCGGAGAGAUGCAGGAGGCAGAUGACAAAAAUUGAGACAGCUUUCAGUGUAGUGAGCACCGUCUAGCAUAUUGUAAGCCAGUGUGUUCAAUAGGAUUAUUGUCUAAUGGCCUUAGCUUAUACAUAAAUGGAACUCCUGUCAACCUGGGGUACAGUAAAUUUACUGAACACAGCUGAUUUGUCACAACCACUCAAAAUAAAAAUGUAUUACUUAUUUUUGCACUUGUGUGUGUCACCGCUACAAAGAGAAAUAUGAGUGUAAUACUUGGUCUUUGGGGUAAAAAUAGCGAUAAAGGACAAAACUGUUGUAUGUACAUUUUGGUGUGAGGUAUCUGUGUACUAUAUAUAUGUAAGCAUCUUUAUUUUUCUUGUGAAAAUGUUGAUAUUUAUGAAAAUGUAAAUAUCAGAUCGAUGGAGCCAGUGUUGCCAGUGUUGUGGAAGUAAAGAGGAAGGCGUUCUAGGUAGGCUAAGCUUAAAGUUCAAAUGUCUCAGAGGGCAUUCAGAAUGUAAUUUUUAAUCUAACGAAUACCUCAGUGGUUCGGGUGUCACAACAUACUGAACUGACUGAGCUGAGUUUACCUAAAGCCUAAGAGUCGAUUUGUAUUGGCUUGGAAAAUUAUAUAUCCUUUUUUUUUUAUUCAAGUUAGCAUUCCCUGCAUUUCCACAUAAUAAGCACACAAUAUUUUUUUGCACAAUUGGCUUCUUCUGCUCUUUGACAGGCACCCUGCACAAUGCAAAAAUACCCACAAUACUCAUAAUUUAUCAGGUAGACCGUAACCACACAAGGGUGUUGCGUCUGAGUCAGCUCUGUGUUUGUGUGUGUGUGUGUGUGUGUGUGUGUGUGUGUGUGUGUGUGUGUGUGUGUGUGUGUGUGUGUGUGUGUGUGUGUGUCUGUGUGUCUGUGUGUCUGUGUCUGUGUCUGUGUCGGUGUGUAUUUACUUGAUGCUCGGGGCUUUGGGACAUCUCUCACUGCCAUUGGGGCUGUAACCUGAGUAGCCACCCUUUGUCACCAUGGAAAACUGGCAAACUGAAGAUAUUAUUGUGCAUUGCGAAAACACACUCACUCGCGCACACAUACUGUACAUAUACAUACGCAGAAUGCAGAGAAACAUUCGCCCACACACAAACACCCCUCAGUCACUCUCAUUAUGCUCACUCCCACAGCCAAACUGUGUAGAAGACACCUCAUACCUGACAACUCUGCCAUCUCCUGACAUAAGCCCACACAAAUGUGCUCGCAUAGCUGCACACAAACACACACACACACACACACACACACACACACACACACACCCCUUACACACACGAAAACACUUCUUUUUCCUCUUCUUGCUCAGUGGCUCUGUCAGGACAUAUACCGUGUCCUGUUACUGUGGAAAGAGCCGCAGCAUGAUGUGUCCCCUGCUCCACUGCUUUCUAUUCCCCAAAUAGUCCAACCUGUUCCCGAAUCAAUGACCAUGUAGAACAGAGACAAGUACACAUUCGGGGACACACACCUUUCACCCAGUGUCAGAGAAUCUGGCUUUUUAGGAAACAGUUUGUCCGUUCCGCUCAUGUUGCACACGGGAAAUAUAGCUUUCAUAAAAAUGCCACUGUGCUGACCUCCUCCCCCUCCCAGAUCCCUUCGAAUGCUUUUAGAGAGUCACAACUUCCUACUCAUCUCCAAAAUGUUGUUUUUCGACUUCUCUCACUUCAGCCACCUCCACCACCGCCACCGCCUCCACAGACACGCACACACCGUUGCCACCCACCUAAGCGCCCAAGUAAGGCUUGUCAGACAAAAUGCUUUUAGAGAAAUCCACGAUCCUGGCCCGGGUCUAGCACAAGGUUAGAUAGUCGAAAUACCCAAUUUUUUUUUUUUUUUUCAGAAAGCCACAUACUGUUGCUAUUUCUUCGGCUCCAAACAUCUGAUGACUAAUCAAAGCCUUAACAUAUCACAUCUCACUCGCAUAAAAAAAAGAGAGAAAACCUUCCUGUGUACAUAGUAUAAAUAUAUAAAUAUGUAGCAGAGAAAAAGAAUUACUAAUUUAUGGUGUCACGUUUGUGUAUUUCUCAGUGACAGCAAGCAUGAAGGAUUUAUUUUCUCCUAUUAGAGUUUCUCCUCUUUACUGUUAUUUUGCAGUGCUUUAUAAUUUAUGUUUUCUGAGUGCUUUAUUCUUGACUGCUGCGCUGUGAUUGCUGCCAAAACUGGCAAAUGUGCUUCUUCUAUACAAAUGAACUGUACACACAACAUUCAUGAAGAGUCUUACCCCAAAAUGUGCUUUUUAUUAUUGACUGCUCUGUGUAAUAGUUGUUUUUUCUUUUUGUAUUUUUUAAUUUGAAAUUUAUUUUGGUCUUUGGGAAAAAAAAACUGAAUUAGAAUUGUUGUCACCAUUUUGUCGUGUCUUUCUAUAUUUUUUUCGUAUUUGGUUGCUAUUAAAGAUUUCUUGAUUUUUGAAA